AUGACGUACCACAUCAAGCGCCAGCCGGUGGAACUCCUCACCCUCCUGGACGGCGGUCUUCUUACCGAUUGCCUUCUCAUCGCUAAUGACGGCCGCCGCUUCCCCGCUCAUCGGGCCAUCCUGGCAGCCCAGUCGCCGCUCUUCUUGGACAUGUUCCAGAACCACACCGACCGCAACCGUACCAACGGCGAGUACGUGCUGAUGGAUCUCCGCGGGGAGGUUUUGGAGAAGUUGGUACACUUCGCGUACAGUCGACAACCGUUCACGGCGGAGCUGGGAGAAAUGCGGGAGAUGUGGUGUGUGGCGGAUAAGUACGGGAUGGCGGCGUUGCGGAGUGUCUGUCAGGAAAUGAUGAUGACGGAUGUGAAGAAGGACACAGCGUUGGCAUAUUUCGAUUUCGCUCGCCUGCAUGGAAUGAAGGAACUGCUAAAGAAGGCAGCCGUUUGUAUGGGCGACGAAUAA